UAGUAUUAAACAGCUGUUUCCGGUGUGUGCUUGCGCUGUUAUGCUGCAGUUUAAUCGGCUUAUUGUUUAAAAUUAAACAAAGUGGGCACACAGUGCAGCGGUAAAACUAAGAGAUGGCAGUAUAGUCCAGCGAGCACACACGCUCAGUUAAGGCAGCGCAUAAUUGGAAUUUUCAACCCCCCAGGCAGAGAGAGAGAGUGUGUGAGUGCAACACCCUGUGCGUGACGCAGUUACACAACCCAGAGAAUAAGAGAAAACUAAAUUCUCAGUCUGGACGAGCAGUAGGCGCACAAACAACAACAACAGCAAUAAUAACAAUAGCUUCAAUAGCAAAACUCCUACACACACUAAAGCGCUGAAAGAGAAGGGUCAUCCAAGUUUCACUUUCUUUUGUUUUUUGUUUGGUAUUCCUAUCAUCAUGGUGGUGUCGGCGUCCACGUGCCGCACGGAGACAGUGUUUGACUACAGCUGGAAGCAUGUUGUGGUCUGCUAUUGGAAUCGUUAUCCUAAUCCCUCCAGCACGCAUGUUCUAACUGAGGACACCAUAAAUCGCGAAGUACGCGAUGGUAAAUUGUACUCAAGGCGGCUGUUGUCAAAGACCAAUCCAGUGCCCAAGUGGGGUGCACGUUUCUACAACAAUGUGCCGGUCAAAAUUGUUGAGGACUCUGUACUGGAUCCUGUAAAGAAAACCUUUACCACAUUCACGCGCAAUCUGGGCAUGAAGAAGAUUAUGAAAGUCGACGAGAUUGUUGUUUAUAGCGAACAAAAAGACGGCCGUACCUUGGCUGUACGCCGUGCCUAUAUCAGCUCGCAGGUCUUUGGCUUUUCGCGUGCCAUACGCGCUUUUGGCAUUGAACGCUUCAAAAGCAACGGCAACAAGGCAUCCAGUGGAUUUAACUACGUGCUCAAACGCAUGUUUCCACACCAUCAGCUUCUACCAUCAGCGGCGGCGACGCCAGUCACCGCUUCACCAGCUCCUGAACAAUUUAGCGAUGGCGCCGUAGCAACAACUACACAUAACAACACCAGCAGCAGCAGUAAAUCUGAGACGCUUAAGAGCACGGCUAAAAUUGGCUACGAGUUCUUCAAAUGUCAUGCGAGCAAAAUUGCGCAACUUUUCUCUGUGCGAAAUUGAUAAUGCGUGCAUUGGAAAAGGGAAAGUUGUUAGAGAUCUGUGGCGCUAGAAACGUUAGUAUACCGUUUAAGUUGUAUUCCAAACUAAAAAAAAUCACUUAACACUUUGCUGCAUUUCAUUCCGUCUGUUGAGCUUAACCAAUGGCAAUAACAACAACAACAACAGAGCGCCUCACAUAAUAUAACCGUAUGUGACUAUUAUUAUUAUUAAUUUUUAAGUGGAUUGUUUUACAUGUAAUAGGAAGAUUGUAUAAAAGAAAUUUG